AGUUUAUGUUUUUAUAUGCUACGGUCAAUUACCAAAUUAGAUAAGGCGAAAAACAUAUUUGGUGAACCAAUCAGGAGCAAAGCAAUGUUGGAAAAGGGACUCAACCCAACCCGUGAAAACAAGGCGCAAGUUGCCUAUAAGUUGAUGAACCAGGGUAACAAAUAUGAUAUCGCCUUGCGUUUUGUAAGAGGCCUUAAGGCACAAUGGGGCAAUGGGAUUACAGCUCUUUGUCUGCUUUACAACGCAACAGGUGAAACUCUAACAUAUACGACAAGCCGCAACUGGUUUGGUGAUAUUGGGCCAUCUCCAUACCCUGCAGUCAUUCUGAAUGGUCAAUGGGGGGCAUAUCUUCACACAAAGACACCAAAGGUGCCAAGUGGAUCUGUAGCCGCGGUAGUGUAUCGUGGCAAAUACUCUGACAAUGCUUUCUGCGACUAUAUGAUUACUUGGUCUAUCCCUUGGCAAAGAUUCACCCAAGACAAUGCGGCAUAUUGCGAGAUCAAUCAAGUUGGACACUUUGAUGGUGCGGUUUGGGAGGCAAUUUAUCGCAAAACACCAUUAGCAGGCAGAGAGAGCAGUGCGGAAUGGAAGGAUUGCUAUACAAGAGUCAAGAUCGAGAGCGACACUUCCCCUAUAUUCAAAGCCAUUCUUACACAUGUUAAUGUCGAAGUAACAUCUGUUUAGACUCACUUAACAUGUAGUGAAUGCUCAGUUGCGUAUAUGCGUUCUUAGUGGAACUCAUCCUGGAAUGUGACAUCUUUGACAUUGCAAGUUUAAGUUAUUAUCUUAAUCU